AUGAUCCCCUUGCUCACGGCCUUUGAUGUCCAACAGACGGGAGCCGUCUACGGCUUCGCAUUGGUGAGCGCUGUGGUUUGGUGUUUAGAUAUGAACAUCUCCUUCUUUCGCGGCUUCAUCAAUGCCCGGACAGGCUUCGUGGAGAUGCGCAUGCGGCCCAUUGCACGCCGCUACCUCACCGGCUGGUUUUUGCCGGACGUGGCGCUGAUCUCGUUGGACAUGGUCUCCUUCUUCAGCACGGAAAGCAGCAACAUGGAGUCCUUCACCUUGCUUCGUCUCUUCCGAAACCUGCGGCUCUUGCGGCUGGUGCGGAUGGUGGGUCGCGCCGGCGUGCUGAAGGAGCAUUUGGAAACUUUCGAAAUCAUGGAGUGGGCAUCCGACACUUGGAGUGGCAGAAUUAAGAACUUUCAAAGGUUUGCCCCUGAUUUCAGAGUGCACAAGCUGAUUUCUCACAGAAUUGGGCGCUGA